GUAUUUCUGUCUCUCUAUCCCUCUAUUCCCCUCUAUCCCCCUCUCCCCUACCAUGUUGGCUGGCAGUCCCGGGGGGGCAGUGGCAGUGCCCGGGGGGGCAGUGGCAGUGCCCGGGGGGGGCAGCCGGAGAGUGGCAGUGAAGCGACAUCACCACAAACAUAACCUGAAGCAUCGCUAUGAGUUCAGAGAGACUUUGGGAAAAGGCACUUAUGGCAAAGUCAACAGAGCGGUGGAUCGCUCGGGCAGAGAGGUCGCCAUCAAAUCCAUCCGGAAAGAGAAGAUCAAGGAUGAAAAGGAUCUGGUCCACAUUCGGCGGGAGAUUGAGAUCAUGUCCUCGCUCAACCACCCGCACAUCAUCAACAUCUACGAAGUGUUUGAGAACAAGGAUAAGAUUGUGAUCGUCAUGGAGUUCGCCAGCAAGGGCGACCUGUACGACUUCAUCAACGAGAAACACCGUCUAAGCGAGGAGGCCGCUCGCCAUGUUUUCCGUCAAAUCGUCUCCGCCGUCCACUACUGCCACAAGAACGGAAUCGUUCACCGGGACCUGAAACUGGAGAAUAUCCUCCUGGACUCGAACGGUAACGUCAAGAUCGCUGACUUCGGCUUGUCCAACCUUUAUCACCGGGACCGCUUCCUACAGACCUUCUGUGGGAGCCCCCUCUACGCCUCUCCAGAGAUCGUCAACGGGCGCCCGUACCGGGGGCCGGAGGUUGACAGCUGGGCGCUGGGGGUGCUGCUCUACACCCUGGUCCAUGGCACAAUGCCCUUCGACGGGCACGACUACCGGCUCCUGGUCCGGCAGAUCAGCAGCGGAGAUUACCGUCCCCCCAUCUCGCCAUCAGACGCAUGUGGGCUGAUCCGGUGGCUGCUGAUGGUGAACCCUGAGCGGAGAGCGAGCAUAGAGGACGUGUCCUCCCACUGGUGGGUGAACUGGGGCUACAAGACCCCCGUGGGCGAGGUGGAGGGUCCUGGGGUCGGCCUGGGGGUCGGUGAGUGCGGGUCCCCUUUGCUCCACGGCUCGGCCUGGCUUCACCGCUCGGCCCGCUCGCUCCUCGAGAGCGGCUCCCGCCUGCGCGGUUUGUUCAAGCCGGGGGGCUCGGGCCUGGAACGCCAGAGAUCCCUCAAGAAGUCCAAAAAGGAGAACGACAUCUCCCAGUCCCUGCAGGAGGGAGGAACGUCGCCCGACAGCCCGACCAAGUCCAUCCUGAAGCGUCCCAAGGGCAUCCUGAAGAAGAGAAGCAAUGGGGAGCACCACAGGGGCCACGGAACCCCUCACCCGGCCCCCCACCAGGCCCCGGACUCCCCCGACGACUCUGUGUUCCUCCCCCAGUCCCGAGCGGCAUUCGGGGAGUCUCUGCCAACCGCCCCCAGGAAGGGGAUCCUCAAGAAGCCCCCGCAGAGGGAGUCUGGCUACUAUUCCUCCCCCGAGCCCAGCGACUGCUCGGAACCCCUGGACGGGGAAGGGAUGGGGGCGGAGAUGGAGCCCGGUCCCCCCACCCGGUCGGCUCAGCCCCCGCCGCCUUCGUUCCCGGCUUCCGCCCGCAAGGGCAUCCUGAAACACCACAGCAAGUACUCUUCGCGGAGCAGCACGGACUCGGCCUUGGGCAGCCCCUCCCUCCGCUCCUUCGGCUCGUUCGACGACCUGGUGUUCUUGGCCGGACCCUCGGCUCCGCCCGGGCGGCCCACCAGCGCGAUCAGCGAGGACAGUAUCCUCUCCUCCGAGUCCUUCGACCGGUUGGAUCUCCCCGACUCCCCGAGGGAGAGGGAGAGGGAGCCGGGCAGGAUGAGGGGCUGCGUCUCAGCUGAUGAUCUCCUGGGACUGGGCAAGUCCCAGUUGGAGUUCAGGUCCCGUCUCUGUAAGAUCAAGUGCUUCGAGGAGCUCGGGGCCGACAGUCCGGGGUCUCUCAUGGACCUGGACAACGUGACUGACGUCUACAAGAAAGCCGUGCAGAUCUGCCACAAGCUGGGGUGAGGGUCGACCGAGUGCGCGGCCCGAAAACAGACAGUCACUACACUUUACAGUGUAU